GCACGGUUUGUAAUCUUCAAUCCACUUUAUCAAGAGCAGAAAGAGAACGACACACAUCACAAAAACCACCGACCCACUGCUUACAACUGGUGCGCUCUCCGCCUAUCAGUAAAUGGGUUUAAAAGCAGAAAUGUCUUCGAGCAUGUGUGUAAAACGAUCAAUUCAGUUCUGAAGACAUGUCCGCGAGGUUGACACUCGUUACGCUGGCAGUGGCCAUUUACGCAUCUGCAGUGGAUGGAUCACCCACCUUCAUCAAUGCCUCCGCCUCAUCUUCCGAAGAGAUGACUAUGGAGUUGGUCGAAUCUCUAGAAAGUGAUUGUCUGCAGCAAACGGGAUCGACGGAAACGUUCGAAAAGUUGGUUGCCGGAUAUAUGUCCGCACCGAUGUGCUUCGCUAGUCAUUUGGAUUUCGACGGGCUUUCCGAUGGUUUUGAUGAGUUGGACGACUCAAAUCGGGUUCAAUAUUUUGAUACCUAUUGUCCCCAGCUGAACCAAUCCUUGAUGCAGUGUGUUAAUCCGAUGUUCGAUCUGCUCCGGAAGUGCUGUGAUGAAGAAGAGUUGGCGAUUUGGGAUGUCAUGUUCAACAUGGUCCCGGAAGCGCUGAACCUGAUCUGCAAGGACCAUGGGGAGAUCUUUUUCGGGCUCGAUCGCACAGAAUACAAAAAGUGCAUGACAAGUUUGGGAGACUACGUUGUGGAAUGUGCCAGCAUGUUCGCCAGCUCCACCAAGACGGUGAUCCUGUCCAAACUCAACGAAGAGCAAUGUUACGAGUUGAGAGAUUUCCGCAACUGCGUUUCAGAGAAACUCGGCGUCUGCAAAGCAACCGGUAUCAUUGAAUUGGUAGAUGUGUUCUACAAACCGUUGAUGAAGGUCCGCCCAUGUGCCAAGUACAUUGAUAUGGAUCCGAACAAUCCAGUUGAGACGAAUGUAAUUUAAUGAAAUGAUAAAAAAAAAUGUGAAGCGAAAUAAAAUAGUAUUACAAAAAAAAUGUAUGUGAUAGGGGCACCGGUUUUGGAUAGUUUAAAAAAAUAAUAAGGGAACCCCUGGAGGAUCUGCUGCAUGAAGGAGCUUCCGCAGGAAUCCCUGGUGGUUCAAAAGUCUCUCGAAGAGAGAUCCCUGAAGAAACUUCCGAAGAAAUCCCUGAUUGAAAUUUUAAAGGAAUUGUGCUAGGAAUUCCUGAAUAAAUCUCCAAAGGAAUUCUUAGAGAAUUCCCUGAAGGAAAGCCAAGGGAAAUCCCAGGGCAAGUCCUGGGGCAUUCCGAAAGAAUUCCAGAAGGAACUCCCGGGAUAAAUAACAAGGAAUCUCGAACGAUUUUCUGAAGGAAUCCUCUUCUCGAAGGGAUUCCAGAAGGAAUCUCCGAAAGAAUUCUAGCACGAAUCCCCAAAACACAUUUCAGCAGGAUAUUCCAAAUAAAUUUGAGUGGUUAUCCGACAGAUUUUCAGGAGUAAUCUUUGAAGGAUGUUAUGCAGGAAUCUUUGAAUUAAUUCCAGGAGGAAUCCUCGAAGAAUCUCAAGGAGGAAUCCCGGAAGGAUUUUCAAGAGGGAUCUACGAAGGAAUUUCCAGAGAAAUCCCCGAAGGAACCCUGGAAGGAAUUCCAGGAGGAAUCCUGGAUCUGUAAAGGACGAACUGUAGGAAUAAUUUUCUUUUGAUUCGAGCCAACUCAGGAUUAUCAAUAAUUCAGAAUUCCAAAUAAAAUAUCUCAAGAAAUAAACUAUUCUAACAAUUUAAGAUUAUAUCAAUAAUUAUCAAACUUUUUUUUUCUCGAAAACCACAAGAAAUUUUUCGAAAUAAUUCUCUAAGAGCACGACUUCAAUCUUUUCAUAAAAUUUUACCAAAUAACAAGCUUGGUUGAAUAACUAAAUUUUGUGAUUCUGAUUCAUGGAAUACAAAAACUACAUUCCAAAUUUUCCGGAUAUGCCAAAACCGUUUCCGAUAGGGAAAGAGGGGGAAAACUGAGAAAGCCAUCCAAUUCAUCGAUAGGGAUAUAAAAGGGUUUUCUAGAACCGUAUGCUGCUAUAGAGUGUAGUAGCCCAAUAUUCACAAAUUUUCACUAGUAUUUGAUUCAAACAAAGUCAUCCUAAGAGAAAAAAAAAUGCAU